GUUUGCUUCGCAUUUUAAUCGUUUACAUCGGCUAUUUUAGGAUUUAGCAAUUUCGCUCAUAUUACAGCAAUGCACUCCGGAAACUGUGCUCUUUAAUAAUUUGUGAUCAUUUUAAAUAUACGCACACGGAUUUUACAGAAAACGAGCUUCGAAUAACAAGCGGGACAAAGGCAACCUACGCCUCUGAAGAUCAUGAGAAAAGGGGUUUUCUUGAUCCCAGGACAAGUCAUGUUAUCAGGGGUGAGGGCCUGUCCCCGUGAACAAAAUGGUGCUUAUAACGCGGUUUCCGAUCGGCGAUGUGUAGGUUAUUCCUGUGCAACUCGUAUACAAAUAAACACACCACCGUCUACUAAUGGUGUUUGUGUAACAGAGACUUCUGUUGACAGUUUGUACGCAACUCCUGUACAAGCACCGACGCACGGGACUGGACUGCGACCCGCGUUAGGACGACCACCGGCUAAAAGGAGGCUUGAGCUGGACAUCACGGACCAUCAAUACAGUGAGCCAGCUAAAACACUUCGAAGUCACAAAGGAGCUCUUAAACUAAAGCUCCCCAAAGCUCCCAAAACUCCGCCAGAGAAGACCCGUUAUGACACAUCCUUGGGGUUCUUGACAAAGAAGUUCUGCCAGCUGCUGGCCCAGUCCUCAGAUGGAGUGCUGGAUCUGAAUAAAGCUGCAAUUGAGCUCAAUGUCCAGAAGAGACGUCUUUAUGACAUCACCAAUGUGCUGGAGGGUGUGCACCUCAUCAAAAAGUCAUCAAAGAACAACAUCCAAUGGCUGGGCUCCCGUCUGCCGUCAGAGGGAGAGCUGCCGUCUCUUCCGAUGUCCAGUCACAGUCUGGCCAGAGAGAUGCUAGAGCUCACUCAGGAGGACAGGCGUCUAGAUGAACUCAUACAGACCUGCACACAUAACGUCCAGCAGAUGACUCAAGAGAUCCACAGCCAAAAAUAUGCCUAUGUAACCUAUCAGGACAUCCUAAGAAUAAAAACCCUUAAAGACCAAACCGUCAUUGCGGUCAAGGCACCAUCUGAAACGAAGCUAGAGGUGCCUGACCCAAAGGAGAGUUUACAGGUCCACCUGAGUAGCUCCAAGGGUCCCAUUGAUGUUUUCCUCUGCACUGAUGGUGGGGAUUCGGGCAGUCUGCUGCACAAUGGCCUUGAUGUAAAUGGAAAUCACACUGCCUUUUUCAAAGUCACUCAAGAAGGUGCUUCAAGUGGAAUGGCUGAUGGCGUCAAGAUGAACGGCACCUCAAUUGGUAGUGUCAACGGUUAUGGAUCCCUGGCUGGUAGUGCCUCCAUGUCACCCCUCAGUUCUUCCCUGUCCUCCAUUCUCCAACAGCCAGAUGAGUCUGUCCCAUUUGUGCCACUAUCACCUGCCCUGCUCAAUGAUGAAUACAUGCUGAGUUUGGGUGAUGUGCAGGGUAUAAGUGAUCUGUUUGACUCCUGCGACCUGGACAUGCUAGCACUUGAUGACUUGCUCAGGAUAUGAGCCUUCCUGGAGGUCAGCACCAGGAAAGACCCCUGGUUUCGAGUUAGUUGACCAGUUGUUGGGAGUGCAUUAAACCUAUGAAGAUCCAAGGAUAAGGUAAUGGGUUCAGCGGAUAUGGAUCUGCAGAUGAGCUACAAGUUAAUUGUUUGUUGAACUGGUUUUAGUGUUCAUGUUUUUCCCCCACCCAUGGUUUCCUUGUCUCCAAAUUUGAUAUUGACUGUUUACACUUGGAUCUGGUGCCUAGACCUGCUGGCAUAGUAUCCAUGGACUCUUGUCUGUGAUAUGUGCAGUUGGGUAGUUGUACCCAGAUUAUGUAACUUAAUGUAAUUAUUUUUAGUGUGACAAUUACACUAGUUCUAUGAUUGUGUGUAAACUCGCUUUGUGAUUGGCAAACCCUGCCUCCAAUAUUAACUGCCAAUUAUGUUAAAGAGCGAUUCUCUACACCAAUGUUCUCUUAAACGAUUGGUUCACCCAAAGAUAAAUUGUCAUUAUGCACCAUCUCCUUCUGCUGAACACAAAAUAAUUUAAAGAAUGUUGUGAUUGUUGAUUUACAUACAAUAGCCGUUGAUAGUGACUUGCUUUAAAGCUUAAAGCCCUGAAGUUUAAUGUUUGCUGUACAAUUACAAUAAAACAAUACAAUAAUAUAAACACUUAAACAUUAAAUUGAAUUAAAUAAAUACCCUGCCUCUGAUCAAAUUAGCCAAUUUUGCUAAAGAGUGGUUCUCUUAAGUGAUCACUUAGCAGACAGACUAAAAUUGAGCCGUUAUUCCCCUAAAACUUCGGUUGUACGCAUUGCUGAUCGAAACUGACUAUCCAUAAGCAGCCCGGAUUGUUUGGACAUGUGGGAGGUCCUUGUUUGUGCACAUUGGAGCAUGUGCCUACCGUUGACUAUACUGAAAGAUUAUCUCAAAGUAGAUAUAUCGGUCUAUCUCUAUCCCAAAGUAGUCGUAGUGCACAUGCAUUGAAAGCACUUGUAUUCGCUUGUGGUCAAAAAAAGUACACUUUGAAAAACAAGUUGUUCAAAUCAUCCACUUGUUUUAGCAGAGACUCCCUGAACUGGUUUCAUCCGUUAAGGAAGACAUUCAAAAUGUGCUGUAUGUCCCCAGAAUCAGGAUUAAGAGCUGUGUUGUCCAUUGCUCUUCCAUUCCUAGAAGGCCUCGGUCUUACAGAGUUUAGUUGCAACCCUGCUCUUGCACAUUUCACUGCUACAACUGUUUUUCAAUCAAUCUCGCAAGACCUUGAUAAGCUGGUUCAGGUGUGUCUAAGGUUAGAGUUAAACUAUGCAGGAUAUUGGUCCUCCAGGGCUGGAAUUGAAUAGCUCUGCAUGUAUAGACAUUCAUGACUUCAUAAUCUGUUACUUAUUUCUGUGGAAAGAGGAAUCAUAUAAUAGCUAAAUAUGAAAAGAUCCAGUGAGUUGUUUGUUAAUUUAAUGAUCCAAAGUUCAAGUACCUAUUGCUCGAGCUUUCUGAUGAAUUUGGUGCUAUAUUAUUUGGUAUGUUUCUAGAUUCAAGUAACUGUACCGUAUAUCUCAGGGCACAUAUCCAGAAGUGAAUGAUCAUCAUCAUCAUCAGAUGAUUAAUGCAGAGUAUAAAAGUUGAGAGCUGAUUUCUAGAUGUCCUUUUCUGAGCUAUAUAGUUGCCGCUUUUGCUACCAGAAUGAUUUGUGCUUGCAAAGAAUUUCUGUCCACUAGGACAUUUCUUAUCCAUUCGGCAGGGUACUUUUAUAUUUAUUUGACAAAUAAUCAAAUUGAGUUGAAUUAAGACAUGGCCCCAAUCUUGGUUCCUGUUAAAAUUGAAUGCAUUUCAGUCUUUGAAUUGCACUGCAGAUUCAGAAGUCUUAUAAAGCCAUCAUGGUCAUCUGGCAUAACUUGCUUGUUGAUUACAUAACACAUCUUAGGACUCCCUAAUACACAUGUACAUAGUAGGUAUCUUUAGACAUGAAUGGCACACAUCUGGGAACCUUUUUAUUUAUUUUUUUUAAAGACACUUAAGCAUUGGAAAUGUAGUUUUAUAGACACUUCGGCAUUGGAAAUGUAUGACUCCCUCACAAAUUUCAGUUAAUGUUGGUUCACAUUAUUGAGAUUUCUCAAUAUUGACCUACCCAUUGUUAGGAUGAGGCCGUGUCACUGUAUUUUACCCAAAUAUCCUCACAUGAAGUUGACUGUCUUAAGACUACACUAGCUGUUUGAAAGGUUUUAUGUUUUGCUUGCUUUGUUUCUGUGGGAUUUUUGUUUUCCUUUGCCCAUUGCAAUAUUGGUUUCUCCAGCUUUUUACACUAUUUGCCCUCAUGGUGAAAAGCAUGGGGGCUUAAUUUUGUGUAAAUCAUUCGUGAAACCAUUUGUGCGUAAAUUGUCACAUUGACUUGAAUUGCUUUAUGAACGAUUUGUACAAUUUCAGUUUGUUUCAUGGAUGAGCCCAUUGUUGUAAUAUAGUUGUUUUGUUGUUCAUCUGGGAAUUGUUUGUAAAUUGGGCAUUCUUAUUCAACAAAUUAGACUUAAAUGUUGCUUAUGUAGUAGGGCUGGGCAGUUUUUCCAAACUGGGCAAUGGUUUUUUUGGUACAUUUAUUUUUAAUUGUAAAAUCGAGAUUCUGCUAAAAAUAUUGCAAAUGCUACAGUUACGUUGUAAAUCCACCAAAGGCUGAAUAAGGAAGAUUAAAAAAUUAUUUGUAGCGCUUGUCUAAUGCUACUCCUUAUCUGAUCAGCUACACAUGUGUGGUGCGCUCCAAAUGAACGUGACCGGUUAACAACACUGAGACUGAUAUAAAGCACAGCGGUAAUAUUCCCAGUAUGAUUGUACACAGUGUGAUUGUAGCUCAGCUUCAUCCAUCAUGCAUGUAAACUCCAGCUUAAGACCAUAACUGGCCUCUGCGUACGCAUGUUGAUGAACGGUCUCCUUUCUUUUUACCCAUAAAAAAGCGUUAGUUAUGUGAGCGGUAUGGGCGCUUCAUUUCAAAUCACAGAGAUGGUUUAUAUGGUAGAAUGUGUUUUCAUGUGUUUCAAGUAGGGCUGCAUCUAUAGCCAACAUUUGGCAAGAGAUCAUUUUGACAAACUUGGCGAGUUGAAUUUUAAUAAUAAAUUAUUUCAUAUUGCUGUGCUGCUCAGUGUGAACCGCUAGAGGGUGCGGCUCUAUCUGCAGGGGUUUAUGGAUAUAUGCACAUUGUUUAAUAUACAAGGUGUCAUUUCUAGAUAAACUUGAUAAUUUAUAGAUAUUGAUUUCUAGAUAUCUCUCUAGAUGGACUUGGUUUGGCUAAGAAUUAUUUAGCAGAUUUCUUAUUCUAUUAUUUCUGAACAUAUGGAUGUAUUAGAUUUUACAUUUACACUCUGUUGUCAACUUCCUCCUGUGGUGCAUUUUGUAAAUUUGUUAUUGCACACUUUUUGUUUCCUAUAAUGAAAAGAACUUGGACAAUCAGGUUGUGUUGCAUUCUAAAAAGAACAUACAAUUUGAAUCAUCUUGGAGUUGAGUUGAGAAAUUAAAUCGUGAAUUGUCCAUCAGUUUGAUAAAAAAAUCAAGAUUUAAGUUUUGCCAUAUCACAAUUUUUAAAGAAUUCAGUUGUUUACUUGUAUUUUGAAGUAACGAAUGCUAUUUUGCUGUGCUAAACUAAUGGUGAAGAAUAUUGAAUUUGUGCUUAUGCUGACUAGUUCUGUGGUUCUAUAUUGGAAAAAGGAUAUUAGUCAUGCAAGCAGCCAUAUUGUUUAGUUUGGUUCACUUCAGGACCUUUUCUUCAGUAACUGUUUUCACACACGGGCUUGCAAUCCUGGAAUGCAAAAUGUUUUUAUUUUUUAUUUAAUGUUUUUAAUUUUAGGCUUUUUUAUGUGCCCCUCUGCGUGUGUAAUUUGUGUUUUAUAUGUAC